AUGGAGCCUGCAGACAUCUACAUGAAUCAGAAGCUGGACACUGAACAAACUUGGAAAUCCAAGAAAAAGAGGCACCCAAAAGCAGACCACGUGGAGAAGAAAGAUGACCCAGAGUAUGAGAACAUCACCAUGACCUUCAAGAAGCAGCAUGAUCUCGGCAUCCCGUCUUCACCCCCAGCUGUCCCAGCCCCCAUUGUCCCGGGGCCGUCCAAGCUCUCAGUCCCCGGAUGGGUGCACAAGUCCAUCAUGAGCCUCUACGUCCUGCUGGUCUUCAGUUUCAUGUUGUCCAUCAUCUUCUUCUUGCUGGUCCUGGUGAAGAUUUCACAAGUGUCCCAGGAGCUGGAGAAUGUGCAGCUGGCGCUCUCCAAUAGCAUCCAGAAUGAGCUCAAUACAACUGCCAUGAAUUUCUCCAGUCGGAUGGACGCGAUUGAAUCAAAAGUGAAAACUCUGAAUGAGAAACUCCAAAAGAACUUAGACCUCUCCGGCCAACUGAAGAAACUGGAAUCGGCCUUGAAAACCCUGAUGGGACGCCUGACACCGCCUGCCAAAGAAACCAGCGAGGGAUGAAACAGGAAACCUGGGCAGGCAAAGAGCUGGGGUGGGUCGAAGGCAUCAAAGGGUCGGGGGAAAAAUCGCUUCAGUUUUGAAUUUCAAUGGGCUGGACCACCCCUCAAAAGCCGACCAGAGCGGGUAGAGGGCACUUCAUGCCCCCUCUGCCCCUUAGA